CAACAAAUUAGCUUGAAAAACAGACGAAAACAACACCCUUUUCCAGUCUACAGAUCAAAUAACAUAAAUUAAAGCACACAUGACCUAUAAACGACAUAAAAAAUAUCCCUGCAAUGGUACUUCCGGUGGUCUUGAAUACAAAAUGAUGCGAAUAUGAUAAUUGGUUCCUUGUUUAAUCAAUAUUCAUGGAUGUUGAUUAUCUGUGGUAACUGUUCCGAGCAUCUUCAAUACACAUAGUACUGUGAGGCUAGUACUAUAGAAGGAGUUCAAGGGCUUACGUUUUAGUAUGAAAUAUUAAUGUUACAUCUGGGACUUUUGGACUCUUCUGAGCUCUCAGCAGAUCUGAAGCUCAAAAUGGAAGGCCAGAAUCCAACAGAAUCAGAAAACCGACAGAAUCUGUUAAGAGCUGUCAAGAAAGAGGUAAAGCAGAUAAUGGAAGAAGCAGUAACGCGGAAGUUUGUCCAUGAGGAAAGCAGUAGUAUUACCUCACUUUCUGGUGCUGUAGAAGCCUGUCUGCUCCAUGGACUGAGAAAGCGUGCUCUGGGUCUAUUUAAAUUGAGUACUACAACAGCUUUACUGCAGAAACUCUCCAAAAGUUGUGAACCUGCUGCACAUGUACUCAAAGUAUCUGAAAAUCUAGAAUCUGCAAUAGAACAAAACAAGAAGAGCAUUGAUUCCAACAAGAACCAGACAAGGAAACCUCCAAGAAGUUUGAAUCCUAGAUAUUUAUGGAUAAGACUCUCUGUAUUUGAAAAACAGCUGGCCAAGAUUCUGGAUCAUUUAGUUCAACAUCACAGUAAGUUUUAUGAAGAUUAUGCUUUGAUAUCAGAUCCUGUGGAUGGCCCCAUAUUUGCGUCAUUACUUGUUGGACCAUGUGCUCUGGAUUAUUCCAAAAUGAAGACUUCUGACCAUUUUUGGACAGACCCACCAGCAGAUGAGUUGGUUCAAAGACAUAGAAUUCAUUCCAGCACAAAUCACAUUACAGGCCCUGGUUCCCCUAAAAGACCUGGUUUACAGGUACCAGUGGUGAGAAGAAAUACCAGUUCUAGCAGUGAAGAAAGCUCUAAAAGUUUCCAUUUGUCAGCCAAAGAAUAUGUUGAGUCCCUGCACCAGAACUCCAAGACAACACUGUUGUAUGGCAAAAACAAUGUCUAUGUACAGCCAAAAGAAGAUGUUGAGUCCUUAGCAGGUUACCUGUCUUUGCACCAAUCAGCUGGAGGGCUGACGGUCAUGUGGACACCAAAUCAGUUGAUGAAUGGAUGUAUAAAAGAUGAGGAAGAGGAUGUUGAUAGGAGUUUAUACUGGGAUUAUGCCCUGACAGUAUACCUGGAUGAAAUUGUUUAUAUACAUUGUCAUCAACAGCCUGACUGUGGCGGUACAAUUGUUCUAGUUGGCCAAGAUGGAGUACAACGUCCACCUAUUCAUUUUCCAAAGGGCGGUCAUCUGUUGGCCUUCCUGUCCUGUCUUGAGAAUGGCCUGCUACCACAUGGUCAACUUGACCCGCCCCUUUGGUCACAACGGGGUAAAGGAAAAGUGUUCCCUAAAUUAAAGCGUAAAGGAAGUCGUCUGUCAAACAUUGUACAGUCAGACAGAGGUGGAAGUACAGGAAGUUCCAGUAGUACCAGUUCUACAGAUGAUGAUGAGGCUACCGAUUAUGUGUUCAGGAUCAUUACUACAUUCAGACCUGAUAUUAUACCUCCAGAAAUGAUGGAUCCUAAAGCCAAAAUCAAGGGAGAUAACUUCUCUUGGGCCAGUAAAAUUCCCCGACUGCCUAGUCCCAUGAUACAGACAUCAGUACAGACUUAUGCCCGAUCUCAGGAAAUACAGAACAACACUUGUCUUAAGACAGGGGCCAACCACAGGUACAAACAAGCAACAAUCAAACAGUUGUGUGAUACCAUGAGGAAACAGAUUAUAUCUAGGGCAUUUUAUGGAUGGUUAGCACACUGUAGACAUUUAAAGACAGUGAGAACACAUCUGUCUGGACUGGUCCUCCAUAAAAUAGUCCCAGCAGAUAAACCCUAUGAUGGUUCAUGUGGACUGACAGAACAGAAGUGGAUUGAAUUACAGAAGGAUGGCACAAUCACAGAUGAACAAGAAAUUCACAGACUGGUGUAUUAUGGUGGCGUACAACAUGAGAUAAGAAAACAGGUGUGGCCAUACUUGUUAGGACACUAUGCUUUCUCUAGUACCCCUGAUGAUAGAGUCAAAGUAGAUAAACAAAUGAGAUGGUUGUAUGAAAAGACAAUGUCCGAAUGGUUAGCUGUUGAAGCCAUUGUCAGACAAAGAGAAAAAGAAAUCAUGGCGGCUAACCUACAGAAAAUGUCUUCUGAAAGCACAGAUGGGCAAAUUCCUCUUGUAAGGAAAGAUUCAAGUUUAAGUAAUGAUGUGUUUGAAUCACAAAGUUUUGAUGAAUGGGAAGACUUUUCACACCCUGAGACAGUCCCUGAAGAGAGUUCAGCUACUGGUACAACAUGUACACCAACUCCAGACAGAAAACAAAGUAUGGAUCUUCCACUUCAAGAUCAGGUGAUUGAUAAAAUGAAACAGACUAAAGAAUUCUUGUUGGAAAAAAGAGAUUAUGUCAUUUCAUCAUUUUCUGAUAGUCCAGAUGAUGGACUGGGUGAUUCUAUAGCAAGACAAAGUUCUCAGGAACGUAGCAAACUUGAUUCCGCUGGAGACUCAGAAGGCACGGACAUUUCAAAAUUAGACCGAGAUGGCAGUAUAGAUCGGUCAUAUGUAACACCAAAGUUGUCAUGUUCUGCAGACAGUGCAGAGGCUGAUGAGGAGGAUGGUGGAGAAUCAGAUGAUGAAGCUGAGGAUGAUGAUGAUGAGGAUGAGGACAAAGAGAUUGAUGAUGACAGUCGUAGAGAAUCUUUAUUGACAGUGGAAAGUGCAAAGACAAUUGAGGGAGACUCAGAUCACAUGAGAAAGUUAUCAACAUCCAGAGAAAGUCUGAUCUCACCAGCUUCACCAGCCUCCCAUGGUGGAGUAUACUCACCCGCCAUGUUAGAUAGUGUUGCAUUAAAUCUACACAGAAUUGACAAAGACGUACAGAGGUGUGAUAGAAACUAUUGGUAUUUUACAAUACCAAAUCUUGAUAAGCUACGCAAUGUUAUGUGCACAUAUGUGUGGGAACAUUUAGACAUAGGCUAUGUACAAGGGAUGUGUGAUCUAGUAGCACCACUUCUAGUGAUAUUUGACGAUGAGGCCAUGGCAUACAGUUGUUUUUGUGAACUAAUGAAGAGGAUGUCUUCCAACUUCCCCCAUGGUGGGGCUAUGGAUACACAUUUUGCUAAUAUGAGAUCCUUAAUACAGAUUCUUGAUUCUGAAUUAUUUGAGCACAUGCAUCACCAUGGAGACUAUACACAUUUUUAUUUCUGUUACCGGUGGUUUCUUCUUGAUUUUAAAAGAGAAUUGGUGUACGAUGAUGUGUUUUCAGUAUGGGAGACUAUAUGGGCAGCUAAGUAUAUCAGCUCUCCACAUUUUGUCCUGUUCAUGUCUCUAGCUCUUGUUGAGUUCUACAGAGAUAUCAUACUGGAUAAUAAUAUGGAUUUCACAGAUAUAAUCAAAUUCUUUAAUGAAAUGGCUGAAAGACAUAAAGCAAAGCAAAUACUUAAGCUGGCAAGAGAUUUGGUGCUGAAGUUACAAACUUUGAUUGAUAAUAAAUGACUGGAGUUCCCAUAAACCAUGUAGAUGUAGUCAUGAUAUGAACUAGUGAGAACAGAUACACAUAAAUCAUGAAAAGAAUAUUCUGCAGACCAAAGCAUUCAUCUAGAUACCAGUAUUUCCACUACGAUUAGUUGUUAAAUUCUUAUUUAGAUAUAGGCUAUUCAUCUUGAUAUCUCAGUAACAAAUAGAGAGACAGGACAGUACAAUGUAUAUCUUGAUAUCUCAGUAACAAAUAGAGAGACAGGACAGUACAAUGUAUAUCUUGAUAUCUCAGUAACAAAUAGAGAGAUGGGACAGUACAAUGUAUACUAACAUUACAUAUGGAAGUGUUGUGUGUACCAGUACUACAUAGUACAAAUGGUAGUGUAGUGUGUAUUCCACUGUGUAUGUGGAUAUGUAUUAUUAAAAGAAAAUCACUUCUGUAAAGUGUAUUUAACCUCAGAUAUUUUAGAUGAAAUUUUUUCAGGUCUAGAGUAUUAAAUAUUAUAGUUAAGGUUAUAUAUAGGUUCAUUAAGAUGUGAAAUUUUUACAAAUGUAUGCAUAUUUGGCCAAAUAUGAUAGUGCUAGCAAUGCAGGGCAGGGAGGGCGUUUUUCAAUAUUUUAUGAUCAAACAAUGUGCUUCUCUUCUUUUUUAAGAGAUGUGAAAAUAAAGGUUAUAGACUUUUUGAACAGCUAAAAUUAUUCUCUCAAUAAAAGAAAAUAAAACUGUCUGAGGUGUUCCAGAUAGAUAUACUACUGUGCAAUAUUUUCCAGAAGUCUUAUAUAUUCAUCUUUUGUACUUACAUAACAAUUUGAGAGUAUUUUGUAUUAUAAUUAAUAUAUACUGCAUGUAAAAAUUAUGUCUACUGCAAAUUGUUAACAAUACUUCAUUUCCUGACAUGGCAAUGUUCAAAAUUUAAGCACAGAGUUAAUUAUUGUUACAUGAGAUUGGCAGAUCUAGAAUCUAUUUCUCCAGGUAAUUGUUUAAACCCUUUUCCAAUUACAAAACUACUUUGAAGUAGUAAAAAUGGCAGUUUGGUGUGCAAGACUUUUAGUACUAUAGUUUAAAUGGCAGUUUUUACCCAUUUUAUAAUGGGGUAUAAAAUUCACAAAGUCAGGUGAUUGUUUUAAUUUUACUUGUUAAGUAGCAAAAAAGUUGAAUCAAUAAUUUGAUAGACAAGAAUAAUACAAAUAAAUUUAUUUGGUACACAUAUAGCUCAAUACACCAAUUAAAUAACCACAGUUUAUUAACGUUAAGGUCACAUGACAAAGAUAGAGGUAUUUAUUUAUACAGCUAAUAGACAUUUUUUUAUUCAGUCACAAGCUGCCAAUUUGUAUUUUUUCACUUUUACAUGUAUUCCAAUAAGAUUUUAGAUCAGUCGAGACAUGAUUUACUUGAGACAUUAUUUACUUGAGACAUGAUUUACUUGAGACAUUAUUUACUUGAUACUUUAUACAAUAGUUGAGAGAUGCUAGUCAUAUACCUGAGAUGCAAUAUUAUAUAUAUAGUACACAAAGUAUUAUAAUAGUGGCAUUCAAUGCAAUUGUUUAUAGAAAUGCUUUUAUUAGUCAGUAAUUUUAACUUAAACAUUGUUUAAUUGUAUUUGAAGGUUUAGCUAACUGCCAUAAUGACUUUCUUUCUUACUUUAAUUUACUACGCAAUGAUACAGUGAAGAUUGAUAUAUUUUUUAUUAAAUUGGAUUUCGUUUAUUUUAAAUCUCAACAAAUUUAAAGAAAUUCUGAGCUUGAUUAGAAGUAGGAUAAUGUAUAACUUUAAGGAAGGGAGAGUAUUUGAAUUGUCAAGAAGGAAAAAAAUACAGAAGAAAAGAAGGGAAUUGAGGUUACAUGUACCUAUUUAUAUCUUAUUUUUACCAAAUUAUUAUCAAAAUGUCCUGAUAGGAUAUUAAAAAUCAUUUCAACACUGACACUUUCUAAAAAUAACAUAUGUGGACUAAUCACAAGAAACUUUUUGUGCCAUAUCCGACAUGGUCGACUUUUAGAGACAUCACGAUAGAACUUUUAGAGGAAAGCAAGAAAAUAAUUGCAUUUUGACCAAUGAAGAACUGAGAUCAAACUUACCACAAGUUGGUUGAAAAAGAAAUAAACAACUGGUCGGGAAAAGGGUAAUUUGACUAAGAAUAAGAGAAAUUUCUUUACUAGAUCCUUAAAAUCCUACUUAAAUCAAGAUCAGAAAUUUCUAUAUACUUGUCAAGAUUAAAAAUGAUAUUUUUAUCUUAAAUUUAAAGAUAAAUUAGCUGUUUAUUGUUUCAAGUCAUUAUUGCAGAUAGCUACAUACAUAUGUAUUUUUAUUUUAUAUAAUUGGUUUGUAUUGUUGAAUUUUAGGAGGUUGUUUGACUUUUGCCAAAUGUUUUGUUGUAACUAAAUAUGUACAGAGCCUCUAUAUUUUGAAAAUUAUCAUUAUCAUUUGUACAAAACUCAUCUAAAUGACUUGUAUAAUGUAUCUGUGAUUUUAUAGUUAAUAGUUUUCGUAUACCCAAUCUGAUUCUUGUUAACUCCUAUUAUCUUGUAGUAUGUAAGCCAUUUACCAAUACCCAUACCACAGGAUUUUUGUAUAAAGAAAAACAAAUUGUACAAUUGAUUAGCUUCAGUUGUAGAAAAUGGCCUUCUAUUUAGUUUCUUUCAUGAUUAGGGAGGAACAAAUUUAAAAAUCACUGUAGGAGUAAACAAAACAAUUUGCUAGUCAAUAAAAAAUGCUGGUAAGUUGGAAAGAUUUUUUAGAAUUCCUUUUAUAAGAUAAUUACAGUUAUAAGUCUCUGAUGUAUGUGAUUUUAACUAAAGAUUUUUUUUUAAAACUACAUUUUGCAAUCUUGAAGUUCUUUAUUUGUUAAGAAUAUUAUUUAAGUGAUGUAUAUACUUUAUUUACAAUUUCUGUGAUAAUGAUCUGAAAUCCACUUAUACAACAAUUAUAAGUUUCUCCACAAUUGAAUUGAAAUAUCAUAUUUUCCCAUAUGAUAUUUAUCAUCUAAAUAAAAAAAACAUUUGUUAUCAUAACACAAAAGUGAUAAGUUCCCAAACAUAAAAAGGUCAACAUUAAGGACCUGUUGAAGCAAAGUCAUGGAAGUCACAAAUUGUUGUUAUAAGACCGCAAAAAAAUUUUGUGGUCAUAUAUUGGUAUGACGUUGGCGUCGUCGUCCGAAGACACACUGGUUUUCCCACUCUAAUUUUAGUUUAAGUGAAUGGAUCUCUAUGAAAUUUUACCAUAAGGUUCAAUACCACAAAAGGAAGGUUGGGAUUGAUUUUGGGGGUUAUGGUACCAACAGUUAAGGAAUUAGGGGCCAAAAAGGGAUCAAAAAUAAGCAUUUUUGUAACUUCCAGAUAUAACUUGUGUGUUAGUGUAUGGAUCUCUCUGACAUUGUACCACAAGGUUUCAUAUCACAAAGGGAAUGCUGGGAUUGAUUUUGGGGGUAAUUUUCUCAAAAUUUUAGGAAUUAGGUGCCAAAAAAGGGGCAAAAAAUAGCAUUUUUCUAGUUUCAGGACAAUAACUUGUGUGUAAGUGUAUGGAUCUUUAUGAAAUUGUACUACAAGGUUCCAUAUCACAAAGGGAGAGCUGGAAUUGAGUUUGGGGGUAAUUGCCCAAAAUAUUGAGGUAUAAGGGGCCAAAAAGGGGCCAAAAAUAAGCAUUUUUCUAGUUUCCAGACAAUAACUUGUGUUCAAGUGAAUGGAUCUCUCUGAAAUUGUACUGCAAGGUACCAUACCACAAAUGGAAGGCUGGGAUUGAUUUUGGGGGUAAUUGCCUCAAAAUUUUAGGAAUUAGUGGCCAAAAAGGGGCAAAAAACAAGCAUUUUUCUAGUUUCAGGACAAUAACUUGUGUGUAAGUGUAUGGAUCUUUAUGAAAUUGUACUACAAGGUUCCAUGUCACAAAGGGAGAGCUGGAAUUGAGUUUGGGGGUAAUUGCCCAAAAUAUUGAGGUAUAAGGGGCCAAAAAAGGGCCAAAAAUAAGCAUUUUUCUAGUUUCCAGACAAUAACUUGUGUUCAAGUGUAUGGAUCUCUCUGAAAUUGUACUGCAAGGUACCAUACCACAAAUGGAAGGCUGGGAUUGAUUUUGGGGGUAAUUGCCUCAAAAUUUUAGGAAUUAGUGGCCAAAAAGGGGCAAAAAACAAGCAUUUUUCUAGUUUCAGGACAAUAACUUGUGUGUAAGUGUAUGGAUCUUUAUGAAAUUGUACUACAAGGUUCCAUAUCACAAAGGGAAAGCUGGGUUUGAGUUUGGGGGUAAUUGCCCUAAACGUUUAGGAAUUUGGGGCCAAAAAGGGGCAAAAAACAAGCAUUUUUCUAGUUUCCAGACAAUAACUUGUGUUCAAGUGAAUGGAUCUCUCUGAAAUUGUACUGCAAGGUACCAUACCACAAAAGGGAAGGCUGGGAUUGAGUUUGGGGGUGAUGAAUCAUAAGGGGGUUCAAAAAAUUUGGGGGAGGGAUUUUUUUUUUCCUUUUUUUCCUUUUUUUUUCUUUAAAAUUUUCCAUUUUAAAUUGGUUAUUUCUGAUUUAUAUAUAAAAGCAAAUAAUAAUAAUAUGGUUUGAAU